CGAAAGUAUUGAGUGCAAACAAAAUUAACAACCACAUUAACGAUCAUCCAUAUAUAUUAUACACCUCAGUAUUUUUCCUCUUGUGCUCAUUGUCUGUCUCUUCUUUCAUCUUUGUGUUUCAAAUUCUUAGUUGUUGUAACCAAAUCAAGCAAACCUUCGUCACUAAGAAUGGCCACCACCGAUUCCCUUCCCAGCUAUCCCCAUCCAGAUUAUGCCGAGAUUGUUGUGGUGCGUCACGGUGAAACAGCUUGGAAUUCCCAGGGAAGAGUUCAGGGACAAGUGGAUAUUGAAUUAAAUGAAACUGGAAGACAACAAGCAGUUGCUGUGGCUAAUAGACUAUCCAGGGAACCAAAGAUCUCUGCUAUAUAUUCUUCUGACCUUCAACGGGCUUUUGAAACAGCACAGAUAAUUGCAGUCAAAUGUGGAGGGCUAGAGGUUGUCAAGGAUUUGGACCUAAGAGAAAGACACAUGGGGGAUCUUCAAGGCCAUCCUUAUCGUGAAUUAGCAACAACUAAUCCCAUAGGUUACGAGGCUUUGGAGUCUAAGAAUGAUGAUCGAGAGCUCCCUGGUGGUGGAGAAAGUUUUGUUCAACUGUUUGAACGCUGCAAAUCUGCGUUGCUGAAAAUUGGAAGAAAACAUAAAGGGGAGCGAGUUGUUGUUGUCACUCAUGGGGCAUCCAUCGAAACUCUUUACAGGUGGGCCAAUGCAACAGGAAGGUAUAAAGGGAAAAUAGACAAUGCAUCCAUCGCUGUUUUUCGCUUGUACGGUGAGGAUAAAUGGACCUUAAAUAUGAAGGGUGAUGUUAGCCAUCUGUGCCAUAAUGGAUUUCUGCAACCUGGUUUUGAGGGUGACACAACUACUACUUAGGUUAUAAUUUGUGUAGUUUACCAUCCAAAAAGUUAAUAAAGUUUCAUAGGAUGGAGAAGAAAGGGAUAUCAGGAGGUGUUGCUACAUAUGGUUUUGGCUUAUAUCACGUGGGAAAUUUGUUAAAUUGAUGAAAAAACAUAUCACAAAACAAAACAAAAAAAUAUCAUAAGACCAGAGAAAAAAUUACACAAAUCUAUUUAACGGAUCAUCAUCAUUAUAUCCACAUAGUUAUAUUAUCUUGUUAACACAAUUCAAAUCCUCAACCAUACAUUCAUUACCUCAAUUUGUUUAA